UCUGCAUGAGUAGCAAUUUUCCAGUCAACCUUCCACCUUCUGAAGCAAAACCCAUCGCACUUGUACGUCAGUGACUUCCACCCAUUGUCCUUCCAUCUACGGGACCAGAGAGAGGAACUUAUUUGUGACUUGCCAAACCUUUCAGUUUCAGUUGCUUUCGGAGACACUGGAGGUGGCAGAGGUUCUAAUUUUGUAUCCAGAAUUCUCAACUGAGCAGCAAAAUGACUUCCAUAACUGGAUAUACUAUUGUGUUGCUAUCAAUUCUUCUGACACGUUUUGUGGUUCACUGUGUCAUUCCUAUUAAAGACCUUGCACACUCACCGUGCCGAUUUGCAGGAGUGCUUCUGGCCGAGUCUUCUGAACACAAGUAUAAAUUCAACUUCACCACAGCAGAAAGUGUGUGCCGUGUGCUGGGUUUACAGUUAGCUAGCAAGGACCAAGUUGAGAAAGCAAAUAAAUAUGGGUUUGAAACAUGCAGCUUUGGAUGGGUUUUAGAGCGAAUUGUGGUUAUUUCACGUAUCCAGAGUAAUGAGAAAUGCGGGCAAAACAAAACAGGACUGGUACCAUGGUCUAUAGUAAACACUGACCAGAAAUUUCAUGCUUACUGCUUCAAUGCAUCUGAUACCUGGAAGAAUUCCUGCAAACCGGAUCCACUAACGACUUUACUUCCUGAUACAUCCAUGGCACCCUCUAGUACGGCUGAAUCUGUGCAGUCCAGUGCUUAUGAUACAACCACUGAAACUAUAUCUGUACUGAAUAAGAUCAUGUCGACUCAUGGAUACGUGAAAACAACCUUGUUUUUGCCACCAUUCACUGCAACACAACUCACUGCAACACAACUCACUGCAACACAACUCACUGCAACACAACUCACUGCAACACAACUCACUGCCACAUUUAUAAAUGAUCUGUUGGAAAAGUCUACAAACAAAGCAGAGGCAGUCAAUGCUAAAUAGAGAUUUGGAGGUUUACCAGCGGCCCUACUAACACUGGUGCUAAUAUUUUUCAUAGCAUCUGUGGUGUUGGCAGUUUGCUACAUCAAGCAGUACAAAGUGACAAAGUGGCUUUUCACAAAGAAGGAGGAAAGGGAAUCUGUAGAAACCAAGGAGUUUAAAGAAAACACAAAUACAGAGCAAGAAAGUACCAAGGAGGAAGGCAAAAUGGCAAACAAAAAAUCUGAAGUUCCGCAAGGUUGCACAGGGAAUUCCAUGGAGGCAGAAGUGUAGCGCCUUCCUCGGUCUGUUUAUUAUUGGACUAAGAGAAAGGGCAGCUCUGUGCAAGGAUAUGUAAGCAUAAUGGCUGGACUUGCUUUGCCUCUGCAACUUUGGGUUAUGUGUCUGGGUUACAAUUGUGACGUCAGAGUGUUUCGUAAAAUUUGCCCAUGGAAACCUUUGCAAUUGUUGUCCACGAUCCAGUGCAAAAAUACCCCAAAAUAAAUGUUUUUUGCCCCAGACUUUUUAAAACAGUCUUUUCAGAUUGGAAAUUGCAUGGGAAUAGGAAUUGGAACCAUGUAGAAUAUACACUAUAUGGUCCAAAGUAUCUGGAUACCUUUGACAUCCUCCGUCUGUCGAGUUCCAAUACAAGCACAAGAACUAUCAGUGGGGAGCGUGAGGUUUUUAUGGGCGAUCAGAGGCAAAUAUAUUUUCAUGUGCAAUGCCAAGCAUCAGCUGCAGUGGUGUAAAGAGCUCUGCUGUUGGGCUCUGGAGCAGCGAGAAUGGAUCCCUAGGACUGAUAAAUGGCAUUUCAUCUGGCAGAUUGAUGGAAAACACUACCUGCCGACAUGCAUAAUGCCUCUUGGUGGAGGAGAUACAAUGGUCCAAUUUCCAUGGUUUGGGCUCUUGGUUCCAGUGAAACCUUAAGGCUAAAAUUACAUUCCUGACAAUUCUAUGCUUCCUACUUUGUGGAACAGAUUGGGGAAGGCACUUUCCUGUAUUAGCACAAUAAUGCCUCCAUGCCAGGUUUGUACAGAAUGGGAUGCCAACAUGGGAAGAACCUGACUGCACAGAGCCAUCAACCCAACUGAACCCGUCAAAUAAAUUGGAACCCCAACUGUGAAACUGAUCAACAUCAGUGACCAACCUCCCUAAUGCUCUUGCGGCUGAAGCAACUCCCAGCAACAAUGUUCCAAUAUCUAGUGGGAUCCUUCCCAGAAGUCUAUUAUGUAGAAGAACCUGACUGCACAGAGCCAUGACCUUAACUCUACAGAACCCCUCUGGGAUGAAUUGGAACCCCGAUUCCCAACAUCAGUGCCCAACCUCACUUAUGCUCUUGUGGCUGAAUGGAAGCAAUUUCCAGCAACAAAUCACAGCAACAAUGUUCCAACAUCUAUUGGGAACCUUCUCAGAAGAGCAGGGGCAGUUACAGCAGCAAAGGGCCAGGGAGGGACUUGGUUUGGAAAUGACCCAGAUACUUUUGGCCAUAUAGCGUAUGAACCUAGGACAUGAAAAUAGUAUAUGUUGAACUGCAACAAGUGUCCCAGCCAUGCAUAAAUAUUAAAAUAAGGAAUUUCUUUUGGGUCUUAAACUGUAGAACAUAAAUGUUCUUUUGGAAAACUUAUUCCUACAACAUUAGCUUAUCUCCUAUUAGUCUGACUCAGAGGUUAGCACCACUUAGAGGCACAAGAAAAGCCCCCUGAUGCAACCACAUCCUGCAGUAUUAGGCUGGAACUACAUGAUGUGCGUCCUUCCGAUCCGACGCGAUGAGAAUAAGCGCAGGCGUCACUUUG